AUGAAGAGCCCAUUGUUGAAUGCAUCCUUGAUCUUGGCGGCAUGGGCAGCACUUGGUGUACACGCAGCUCCAGCAAAUCAAACCACCACCACCACCACCACUACUACUACUACUACUACUACUACCACUACUACUACUGCGGCUGCCUCAGUACAAGAUGUGUGUAGCUUGCUCACCUCUCUCUCGGCUGAAGGAAAAAUGUUGACCAAAUUCAAUGGUGUCUUUUUCGGUGAUUUCACGUCUGGCAAGAAUGGCGGCUCUCAAGGUCCACUCGCCGUAGGAGGAUCAUUUACUGGUGAAAAUGCUAUUAUUAAUCAAAGAAACCAAGCAAGCUGCGCAUCAGAAACCAGUGAUACUGUGUUUGGCCAUCAGGGUCUUAUUCUCAAGGGCGACAGUCAUACAAACGCUACCACCAUCCGAGUCAAUGGAUUUGCCAACGUCUCUAACAAGACCAACAUUGCAGCACCUCUCAAAGGAUGCACUGUCAGGGAGGCUGCUGCCACAGCAUUUGAUUUUGAAAAGACACGCGAGAACGCUAUGGGUAUGUCUCAACAGUUGGCUAGUAUGCUGCCCAAUUGGAACAUCAACAGGAUGGGUGUCAUUGUCAAUAUCAUUGCUGAAGGUGUGGACAUCAAGCAGCCUUUCAACUUGUUUACAAUGCCUGGUACUUGCAACAAUGCUACGUGUGAAGCCAAAAACUACUUUAGCUGUGCAAACGACCAUAUGUGCGAGGUGCCAGAAGCAGCUUUAUCGGAUGUUCAUGCCAUGUUGCUUGGCAACGACAUCUGGACGGGCCCUGUGGAGCAAGCGUUCCCAGAUGACAAGAUGGUUGUGUUCAAUAUACCUGUGUUAGAUGGAGAGACAUUCGAUAUCAAGACCAGAAACCCCAGUGCAGGUCUCAAUGCUUGCAAUACCGUCUAUAACUUUUAUGCAAUCAAUCGACAGGGAACCUAUGUUCCAAACGGUAAAUUCACAUUGAAGCGUAGCUCACAUGAGGCUUUGGUAGGCAUGGUGCUUGCACCGCAAGCUCACAUUAUCGACACAUUCUACGGCUCCUUCAGUGGACAAAUCAUUGCUGAUAGCUAUGAAGCGCAUGACAGUGGCGUUCAAAUCAAAGACUACUUGUUCUCUGGUAACGAAGAGUGUCAGACAUUUGCUGGUUGCUCUGCUGCUGCUACUCACAAAGAAGAUGUAUCCGCUCAGAAAAAGAAGCUAGUGCGACGUCAGGACGUUACAGACGCAAAGGCUAGCAUAGUGACAGACAAAGCCACAACAGCCGACACAUCCGAGCCUAGUAGCAUAGUUGCUACAACCGAGAGUGUUGCAGGUGGUCGUGAUCCCUGGCAUAGACACAAGAUGAAGCAUUGGAUCCAUCAAUGGUACAGUGGCAAAAAGGGUGGCAGAGGCGCAGAUAAAGAUUACUACCAAGAGGGCGUUGAUGAAAACGACAUGGACCAAGAAGAGAAGAAGUUAUGGAAGGAGAAGGGUGUAGAUCCUGAUGAAUAUAACAAAGAGUUUGAUUUCGGUGGACAGAAGCCUCACAAGAAGCCUGCGCAUAGAUUUGAUUACUACUAUGAAGAUGAAGAAGAGGAAUACUUUUAG